GGUAUGUGUGUCUAUGCACUGUAGCUGGAGUAUGGGCCCUUCUGAUAGGCCCUGUUUGUGUCACAUCAGGGUGUCGUCUUAAAGACUGAGGACCCCGUCAGCACAGUUCCUCCCAUCACCUCUGACAGAUAGAUAGCAGGAAAAGAAAGUAUCAGCCCUUCUCAGCUAUCAGUCAUCUCUACACACACUGGCGACCCGACAAAAUGAUCCCACUGCCACUCGCAUGGACUCUGAUGGCAGCACAGAUUUGGACAUACGGUUCAAGCCAGAUCCUGCACGAACCCGUCAAUGUUCUUUACCCUAAGAUCUCUAGCAGUGAGACUCUUGACUGUGACUGUCAAAACAUGGCCUGCGACAAUGUCUUCUGGUUCCACACGGUCCCCAGCAAAGGCAAAAUACAGUUUAUUGGCAAAAGCAACAAUGCUGACCGUGUCAUCUAUGGGAAAGUGGACACGAACCGGUAUAAAUUAAGCAAGAGAGGCAGUUCAUCCUUUGUGUUGCGCAUCAUUAACGUGACUGAGGCAGACGCCGGGAUUUAUUCUUGUGUCCUGAAGGACACGAGAACUGAUACAGAAAAGUUUAGACCCGGGACUCUUCUUCGGCCUGGAGCGACCCCUCCAACAAUACCCCCAACCACGAAAUCCCAAAACUCCAAUAGGAAACCCAUACCACAGGGCUGUCGCUGCAAUCUCAAAUAUCCACCGGUUUUCUGUGAGUACUAUGUUCUGUGGACACUGGUUGGACUUCUAGCAGCCCUGGCUCUCGCUGUUCUCUGCAUAUUGUAUUACUACAGCCGACUUCCCAAAAAGUGUCAGCACCACUUUGUGAAGAAGAGAAUGAUGACCUAAAGCCAUGCAUCUGCAGCUUUUAUCAGACUUAAAGCGCUGAGCUGGAACCGUCUGACCUGAAGCAUCUUCAAGAUUUGCUCCGCUGCUGACAACAUGUCAUGUUAAAUACAGUGAAAUGAGUCAGUCAGAAAAGAGCAGGAAUGAUGUAACAUAUUGUGAUAUAUUGAUGUUUUGUUGUAUAUUUGACUAGACAGAACGCUGGUAUGUUCAGAGCUCUGUGCCGUCACCUUUCACCUAUAUUAUUUUUGUCAUUGAACAUUAUGCAGAUGAUGCCAUCAUUUAUAAACGGACUGUUUUCACUUCAACAGAUAUUGUUUGGCUUUUUCAGAUUAUUGUUGAACAGAUAUAAAAUGGUAAAGAACUGUUUGCUUGUUAGACAGGCAUCAGGUUAAUUAAGAUAUCCUGAUGUGUUUCUUUCCUGAGCAGUUAAAUAAAAGCAGUUUAUACGAUUCAGUUUCUUUAUACAGCAACAAGUAAUAUAAUGGAACUUUACAGAAUAAACUGAACUCAGUUUAUUCCAGUUCAGUCCAUCCAUAAUAGUUUUAAUGUCAAUUCAUUAAACGUGAAGCACGAAUAAGUUUAUUUAUAUACAUACAAAAACUACAGAGCAGGUAAAUUGAAAUACUUUUUCUUUCUCUCUUUAAUUGUCAUCCUGUUUUCCUGCACCUUUUUUUUCAAAGAACUGUAGAAUUGUGAAUUCACACAUCUGUCUCAGAGAAAUUUUGUUUAACCAAUAAAGUUGUACAUGUCUAAU